AUGGCUAAGAAUGGAAUAACACAAAUAGUGACCGAGUUUCCUUCAUAUCGAGGUUCACUGUUAGUUCUCAAUAAUAAACUCGAUGACAAAGUUUUGUCUACGAGGAGCGUAAGUGGAACGGAUAAGGAUGUUAUAGGAUUAUCAGCUAUCGAUCUUGGGAAAGAAAUCGAUGAGAACCAAGCAAAUCAGCACAAUACUGAAAUAUCGAAUGAUUGUUCAGAAUUUAAUGAUGACUGUAUCCAAAACAUCGGCGAGGUUGUUCAGAAUGUUAACAUAGACUCUUCUGAAGUUGCUGUUUCUAACUUACAUGACGAAGAUCGACCAGUUUUUGCAGAUCUGAGUAAUGUUCCUAUGACUGAUUUCUCAUGCGAAGUAGAUACAAGUUCAGGAAGAAUUGAUAGUGAAGUAAACCAUGAUACGGAAUUUCAGUCGGAUCAAGAAGAAAGUGAGGAGGAUCCGUACAAUACAGAUGAAGACUCUGACUAUGUCCCUACUGAAGAAGAAGAGAAUGAUGAUAGAAAUGAACGUACAAUGGAAGGUAGUGAAGAACGAACAGAGAAAGAAAUGGAGCCUACAAUGAAGAUUCAGAGAACACGAAAAAGGAGAGCUGACCCAAAAAACUGGAGAAGAAAUGUUAUCAAACGUCUCAAAAAUACUGGAAAAGAAUACAAAAAUUGGAAAGGCAACACUGUAUCAGGUAGAAAAUUAAAACCUCCUUGUCCAGGUACUUGCAGACUGAAAUGUUCGAUGAAAUGGAGCGAAACAAAUCGACAAGACAUUUUCGAUGACUUCUGGCAUCUUGGUGAUAUAACACUCCAGAGAAAUUUUAUAUCAAAGUAUGUGGAUUACAAUAUCAAAUCUAGAGAGCGUAUCUCAAUCAAAUCUGGAGAAGAACACCAAGGAAGUCGGAGACAAUUCACUUUCGUUUAUCACCUACCAAACUUCGAUAAGAAAAGUGGUCGAAUUCAAGUUUGUCAAACCUUUUUUCUCAAUACUCUGUCAAUAAGCCAUCAAAUGGUGAAAACUGUAGGUAAAAAAGUCGAGAAUACUCCUGGUAUUGUGGAAUCGGACUUGAGAGGUAAAAUAAAAUGUAAUUCUAGAUUGCCUGAUGAAGUGAAGCAAUCUGUGAGAUCACAUAUUGACAAUUUUCAACCCAUAGAGAGUCAUUAUUGUCGUAAAAAUUCCAGUAAAACUUAUCUUCCUUCGACGUUGAACAUCACCAAAAUGUAUGAGCUAUACUCAAAAUAUUGUCAAGAAAACAAUCUCCCAAUGGCCAAAGAGUGUAUUUAUAGAAAAAUAUUUUGUGAAGAAUACAACAUCUCAUUCUUUCAACCAAAGAAAGACCAAUGUGGUUUGUGCACAAACUAUAAUAACUCCAAUGAGAAUGAAAAAUGCGAGAUGCAGGAGAAUUUUAAUUCUCAUGUCCAAAACAAAAAUCUUGCACGGGAAAAUAAGGAAAAUGAUAAAGAACGCGCUAAAGUUGACAAACAAUUUUGUGCUGCAGUGUUCGACCUGCAACAAGUUCCCAAAAUAGAAGUUGGAGAGGCAUAUUAUAAAAGAAAAUUGUCAACGUACAAUUUCACAAUUUACGAUUUGGGUCAGAAUAAAGGUAUAUGUUACAUGUGGUACGAAUCUGUAGCAGCUAGGGGCGCUUGUGAAAUCGGAAGUUUUCUUUACAUGUUUUUAAUUGAUGGAAUAAAGUCAGGAAUCAGAGAAUUUUCCUUAUAUUCUGACAAUUGUGCUGGCCAAAAUCGCAACAGAUUCAUUUAUAGUUUGUAUUUUUACGUGUCCCAUAAGUAUAAAGUUAUAAUCAAUCAUAAGUUCCUCGAAAGUGGUCAUACUCAAAAUGAGGGAGACAGUGUUCAUAGUGUUAUUGAAAGAGCUUCUAAAUCAAUACCGCUAUACACUCCUGGUCAAUGGUACACCUUGGCAAGAACGGCAUGUAGAAAAAGCCCUUAUAAGAUCAUCGAAGUGUCCCAGGACAAUGUGUAUGACCUCAAAGAUCUCUUGCAGAACACUACCAUCAAUUGGGACAAAGGUACCGACAACGAGAAAGUAAAGUGGAACCAGAUUAAACUGAUCAGAACUGAUACACAAAAUGAUGGAUUUUUAUUUUUCAAAUAUAACUACUCAGAUGAACAAUUUUCCACUAUCAAUCUCCUGAAAAAAGGUCGAAAAGCAAUCAGUUAUCCUGAGGAAUACGAACUCAAAAUUUUACGAAGUAAACAUUUGCCAAUAUCGAAAGAAAAAUAUAAUGAUUUGAUAUUCUUCUGUAACAAGAAUGCAAUACCAAAAGAAUACCAUAAUUUCUUCAUGAAUUUGCACUUUUCUCGCACCACGAAUCAGCAGGAAGAUGAUAGUGACUGA